AUUCAUUACAAUGGCUAUUCAAGCACAGUUGCAUGCUGAAAAUAUGGAUUUACCUUCGUCCAUGUGCGGUCUUCAGGAUUGGGAGUUAAACCCAGCACCAGCUCUAAUUUCUUCCCUUGAACUUGAUUCUUGUUUCAAUCUUCAAGACCCUUCUGGAUAUACCAUUCCUUUUCAUCUGCAACAAAACGCUCAUAAUUUGGGUUCUUCGUCUUUUUCUUUGGAUGCUCAUCUGGAGAUGCAAAGACAGGAACUUGAUAGCGUUCUUCAAUGGCAGAAUGAGAGGCUAAUAUCUACUUUACGAGAGCAAAGAAAGCGACAAUUGGCCAUCUUGCUAAACCGUAUGGAAUCAAAGGCCUUGUAUUUGAUGAGAAGAAAAGACGAUGAAUUGGCUGGAGCAACAAAGAAAAGAAUGGAGCUUGAAGCCUUCCUGAGGAAAGCGGAAAUGGAGAGCAACUCAUGGCAAAGACUUGCGAAAGAGAAGCAAACAACGGUUAUGGAUCUAAGCAACGCACUGCAACAAGUGAAGGAGAGCCUAGUCUGGGCCAGAAACACAGCAGAAGACGCAGAAUCCGUUUUCAGUGGCUCGUUUGAUCAUCAACAACAAGGUGAAGUGGAAGAAAAGAGCAAUGAUAACAAGAUGGUUUGCAAGCACUGCAACACAAGGAGAUCGUGCGUUGUGUUUCUACCGUGCAGACACCUUUGCUCGUGCGAGUCCUGUGAACCUUUCCUCCAUUCUUGUCCUGUCUGUAAAUCUAUAAAGGAAGCAAGCAUCAAUGUCUUUUGGGUCUAA